CCGCCGCGCCGCCGCGCGUUGCGUCUGCACAGUGGCUUCCGGGCAGCCUCGCGGGACGCGCGCCGAAUCUCGCGACGGGCCUCGGACGUUCAGCUGGACUGGGAAUGGGGCUGCGGUAGAGGCGAGAUUUCUCCACCUGUCGAGUGCACCCUGAGACUGUUGAAUUCGUUUCUGCAUGACUCGUCAAAUGUAAGAAGUUUGCUUUGGACUGACACAGGCUACAUUGUGGAUGUAAUGGAAGAGCACAGGAGGACCUUGAAGAGGAAGGAGGAUGAGUGCAGGAAUUUCACAAAUACGUUUGCAUCUAACUCUCCAGCAACGUGUAAGCCAACAUGGGAUCAAAUUUUCUGCUGGCCAGAGACAGAUCCUGGAGAGUACCAGAUUGUGUCCUGCCCAGAAUACUUUUUCGGCUUCGAUCCCAAGCGAAAUGCAUCCAAGCUUUGUUACGAGAAUGGAACCUGGAUGACGUGGACUAACUACACAGAGUGCUUUGAUUCCCCAUAUGCCACAGUAACUGAACCAUUUACGAGUGGUGUCAAUGAUUCUUCACUUGCGACGUUCCUCCCUGUUGUAACAGACGUUUCAAGAGCUGGGUAUAGUAUAUCUCUGGUGUCACUUAUCUUCGCAUUCACCAUUUUGGCUGCGAUCAGGACGUUACGGUGCCCACGUAAUAUUUUACAUAUGCAUCUAUUUGCCUCAUUUAUUAUGAGAGCAUUUGUUACAAUACUUAAAGAUUCACUCUUCGUUCUUUCUAUUGGUCUCCCAAGUAAUCUUGUGCAAAGAAGUGGCAAAUAUUACUUCAACGUACCUGCAGAGGGAAAUAUUUGGGACUGCAAGCUCGUUUUCAGCAUUUGGCAAUAUUUCAUAAUGGCAAAUUAUAGCUGGAUAUUGAUGGAAGCUCUCUAUCUACAUAAUUUAAUUUUCAAUGCACUAUUUUCUGACAGAAGUGGUAUUGAACUCUACAUCAUUUUAGGUUGGGGGCUGCCUAUAUUGUUUGUUGUACCAUGGAUUUUAUGCCGCAUAUUUUUAGAAGAUGACCUAUGCUGGACUAUGAAUACAAAUAAAUAUGUGUAUGCAGUUAUAUUUGUUCCUGUCGCAGUUUCCAAUUUAAUAUGUUUCAUAUUAUUUGUAAAUCUGGUGCGUGUUAUUUUCACAAAAUUGCGUUCAUCUGUAAGUGAAGAAACGAAAAUCUACAGACGUCUGGCAAAGUCGACUCUCAUACUUAUCCCAUUAUUUGGUGUACACUAUGUAUUGUUUGUGGGUUUUCACUGGCCUUCAGAAACUGGAAGCACAGAGGAAAUGACUGCCCUUUUCAUAGAUCAACUAUUUACAUCCUUCCAGGGUUUCUUCGUGGCGCUACUGUAUUGCUUCAUGAAUGCAGAAGUGAGGACAGAGUUAAACAAGACCUGGUCUUGGUGGCCACGGAGAAGGAACAAGAGUACCAGCGACGGUAUGGCCAAUGGCACACUAGGCAGUAGCCGCUUCUUCUCCACUAGUCAGCACAGGCCAUCCUGCUACUCGAGUACCUCUUGUACUUCCCUCAGCUUGGCCGUCAACUCUAGCUGGGCGACCAGUCGCGGACGGGAGCGUGUCCGUGGGCUGAGCCACGCGGGCCACCAUGGCUCGGUGCAUGGCUUCCUAGCAGAGUCCGCCAGCCCUUGUUUCGAACACGUGGCAGUCAGCUAUCACCCCAGUUUGUCGGAUGCAAAAUCCCACUCGUGUCAAGACCACCGCCAGUUGAAGUCAGACUUCAGUGUAGCAGAUGCUGCAAUUGAAAUGAAGACCAUGAACUAAAUAACGAUACAGCGAAGGAAAGAGGUGUACUUGCAUAAACCCUUUUGGAAGACAACACGUGAAAAAUCUUACUUCGAGAUUAUUGUUCCUCCAAUGACAAAACAAGACUGAUUCGCCGUCUUUGGUCAAUGUGAUAUUAGUUCCUCUGAAAAUUAUUAUUUUUUAAUCAAGUAGGUUCUGUAGAAUGAUUUAAAGGUUUUUAUAAGUGGUAUAAAUGCUGUUGAUUUGAAAACGAUAAGUACAAAAUGUAAAUUCGUGCUUAAGAUUGCCUAAACGGGCUUAAUCAUGUAAGAAUAUGUGAAUUGUGUCACUGAUAGCAUGUAAUGUUUUACAUGCCCGAACAGUACAUUUCCAUGACGAUAAAUUUUCCCCAUCAAACUAAGUAAGAGAUUAACUUUAAUCUAAGUGUUCCUCAUGAUUUUAUGAAGUUCUAGACGUCACAAUCUUUAUGAAUGAGUCGCUUUUGUUUGUGAGUAUAAAAGAAGUCGGUUUAGUGAUUAAGGCAGAAAUAUGUGUGAAAUGCAUUAAAUGCAAAAUUUUUAACAGUAGCAUAGUGAACGGGAAAUGUCAGCCAAAUUGUAAUUCUUUUCCUGUGCAGGAGUUCAGUGGAUCGCCUAUUUAUCCUCAGAAUCGUCAUGAGAUUACUAUAGUUUAUACUCUAUGAGUAAUAAUUUGUCUUGGCUGCUGAACAGAUUUUGUGCUUAUAAAGGGUAACUCAACGUGUCUGCUUUUAGAUAAUGGAUUUCCCCAUCUGUCUGCAAAAUAAGAAGGCCUGAAACGAAACCAAACAAUAUCAAAAGAACAUUCCAGUAAUUUUCUGAGUAAGAGAGUAGUAUCACUUUAUUUCCAUAUUAUAAAAUUACCAAGAAAUAAUAGGACGUGCAGCAUCUUGUAAGCAGGUUACUUUGCAUACACUUCGUUGUUGCAAAUUUUCAUAUGAACUGACGUAAUGCUCCUGUGAAGUUCCCGACCUUUGUAGUUUACAUAGUUUGGAAUUACUGAAACAAAACUGUGAAAUCUCUUUGUCGUCUACCCCGUAAUGUAAUUGACUCUCACACAGCUGUAUCUGGAUAUAUGGAAGGACAUUAGAUCCAAAUAAUAUGUUAUCUGUGUCAGUGGAUCACCAAUUCGUUUUGUGCGUUCGAAAGACUUGUUGUCAUCGAAACGCCUUAUUUUGCUACUUAAGAUAAUAUUGAAAAAUACAAGGGGGUAGGAACCUUGUAAGCACCAUUGCAGCACGCAUAAUGUACUCUGUUAAAUGUUCAAAAUGUUUUUAUGUUAAUAGAAUGUUUGUAUAUAUAUUAAUAAAUUUGUUGUUUUUAACGAAUGUAA